UGUGCAUGCGCGUGCGUGUGUGUGUAUAAGUACGUCACAUAUACAAACAUAAAAAAAUUUUUCAAAUUAAUAAAUCAUGUCGGAUACACUGGAGUGAGUCAAACAAAGUAUCAAGUGUAGAUUGUUUCUUUCUCUCUUUCUCUUGUAGUAUCUGCGCUCAAGAAUAACUGAUUCGUCAUAAGUACACUUGUUAUAUAACGCUGUCGAAGUCUGUAGUCCAGCAGUUGCUUCCACUCGCUCGUAGUGGCAACAUCGCAUAUGCGCUAUACCGCUUGUGACACUGUUUGCUCAUACAAUUAACUUCUGGGGAGAUUCUUUUUAAAGACAAUUUUCGCCAUGGACUUCUGGGUGAUAUUGUUAUCAAUAGUGAUCGGUGCUUUUGGCAUCUAUUAUUUCUUUGAACGUUUCAAUUUUUUUAAAAGACAUGGUGUUAUUCACAUAACGGGAGUUGGUAAUAUGUUAUCUCUUAUAUUUUCUCAAAUAUCUAUUGUCGAUUUCAUUAAAAAGGCAUACAACUUUAAUCGGGAUGCAAAAUAUAUUGGAAUGUACACGACAAAUCCUGCAAUUUUACUUCGUGAUCCGGAACUCAUAAAAGCUGUUCUGAUCAAGCAUUUCGAAGUAUUUCCCAAUCGCGAGGGUUUCGCUUAUGUGAACGAUCCUUUAUUUUCAAAAAAUCUGUUUUCUCUUCAAGGGGAAAAAUGGCGGAACAUGAGAAAUUUGUUGAGUCCUUCUUUUACGUCUAGUAAAAUGAAGAAUAUGUUCACACUGAUGUCAGAAUGUGCAGCGGAUUUCGUCGAAUAUCUGUCAGCAUUACCAGUGAGUGAUAGCGAUAUAAAUGUUGAAGACGCUUUCACUAAAUACACGACCGAUGUUACCGCCACAUGUGCUUUCGGGAUCAAGAUCAAUUCUAUGAAAGACCCGAAGAACAAGUUUUAUGUUUACGGCAAAGAGGUGACCGAUUUCUCCGCAAUUCGUAUGCUCAAGCUUAUGUUUUCAAGAAUAUUUCCGAAGAUCGAUAAUUUUCUCCGUCUCAGGAUUAUAAAUAAGCACGCGUCAGAUUUUUUCACAGAUAUUAUACAAACUACAAUUGCUACUCGUGAUGCUGAACACAUUACACGUCCGGAUAUGCUACAAUUGAUGAUGGAUGUAAGAAGCGAAGAAGGUCGACGAGCAUUCGACACAGAAGAAUUAAUCGCACAAGCGUUUGUGUUUUUCUUUAAUGGUUUCGCCACUAGCUCGAUCACAAUGUGCUUCGCAGCCCAUUCGCUCGCGGCUAAUCCGGAUGUUCAAAUUAAAUUACGGCAAGAAAUUGAUAAGGCGCUCGAGGCGUCGAGCGGAAAAGUAUCUUACGAAACAAUCAACCAUCUAGAAUAUUUAGAAGCGGUAAUAAACGAGACUCUCAGAAUGUACGUACCAGUACCUUUUUUGGAAAGAAUGUGCGAGACAGACUACGAAUUACCGCCCGCGUUGCCGGGCGAGAAGCCUUUCGUCAUGAAGAAGGGUAUGAUGGUUUGGAUUCCGAUCUUCGCAAUGCAUUAUGACGAAAAGUACUACGAUAAUCCAGAGGAAUUUAGUCCGGAAAGAUUUUUGAACAAAACGUAUCAUAACUCUCCAUAUUAUUUGCCAUUUGGAGCAGGUCCGCGCGUGUGCAUUGCCAACAGAUUUGCCUUGCUUGAAAUUAAAGUGGUGUUGUUUUACUUAUUGGCGCAUUGCGAACUAAAACCUUGUGCAAAAACUACGACACCAACGAAAUUCAAAAAAGGUUUAGUAGUAACUCUAGAAAACGGAUUUUGGUUAAAUAUUCAGCCCAGAAGCGAUGUGCAUCCUGUUUUUGAAUCUACAAUAAGUAACGUUAAGACUUAAGGAGAUAGUGCAAUCAGGCAACUAAAAUAGUAUUUGUGUCAAACGAGAGAGAAAGAUUAAGGGAAAGAAAAUAAAAAGUGUAUAGAUAAAAUAUAUUAAUUGUAUGUAAAAGGUGAAAGAAAAAAAUCUUAUUCAUUGAGAUAUUAGACUUGUAAUCUCUUAUUUUUAAAUCACGUGCAAUCAUCAGAUAAUCGGUAAUAAGAAAUUUCAGUCCUCAAAUAUGUCUCUUUUAAUAUCUUUCGAAAUAAAUGCAAAUAAUAUCUUUGAUCAAUGCACUAAAGAUACAUUUGGUAAUAGGCGUGUGAAAAAGUUCAAGGUCAAAAACUGUAACAAUAAAUCUAAAAAACUUGCUUUACGUAAAGAUUAACAACAGUUAUAAGAAAGAGAAUAAUGUAAAAUAUUAAUUAAAAAACAAAUAAUUUACAACUAAACAAUGUAAGA